AUGCCCGGCUCUCCGUUUCCCCACAUCGGCCCCUGCGCUAUAGAGCUUCGGCCCCUCGGUAAAUCCACCGAGGGGCCGGGAGCUUAUGCGCAAUCCAAUCCCGCACCCAGCUCAACGCAAAGCAAAAUGAAAGUCCUCCGGGCCCAGCCCAGAUAUCAGCCUCUCCAGUUCCUCCUCCCGGCCUUCCAAGCCCCCCAUUCCCGCGCGCUCUCCACGUCCGUGUGCGCGUCCGGACCCUCGAAUGCCUCUUCGCACUCCUCUAUGCCUGCGCCCGCACCCACAGCAGCUCCCCAUAACGCACGAUGGCUGUCAGGUAUCAAAGCCCGGAUAGGCAAGUGCGUCAUGUUUGGCAUGUCCCCACAGCAGACGAGACGAGCGGCCACCGUGCUGAAGGCCGUCGGCGGGGAGUGGAGGGACCUGGUAGCUGGACGAGAGGGGUUCCUGGUGGGCAGGAAGAGGGCGGGCUUGUUGAGACAGGGCGUUGUGUGGGGGGAGAUGGACCGUAUGGAACAUGUCAAUAACGUCAUGUAUAUCAGAUACGCCGAGUCGGCUCGGAUCAAUUGGGCGUAUAACUAUGCGGUACACCUUGAUCCAGAGCAUAGGCGCGAGUGGAUGGAGUCCGUCACGCCCAACGGUAUUGGGAUGAUCCUCAGAUCCAUGAAGACGGAUUACAAAUUCCCCAUGACCUGGCCAGACCACAUCUCCGUUUUCCACAAGCUCUCCCACCUCCCCUCGGAGUCGGAGUCAUCCUUCAUUCUCGACGUCAUGAUCCUCUCGGAACUGCACCAGAGGCCUGCGGCAAGGUGUGUAGAGGAUAUCGUGGUUUACGACUACAAGAAGGGGAGGAAGACGGCCAUCCAGCCCUUCAUGAUGAAAGCGUUCGAGCAGACGUGGGCCGAGCAACAAGCUGAACAAUCAAGAGUAGAGAAGAGAGUCCAAGAAUUGGAGGGGAGCGUGCGAGAUCUCGAAAAAGAAACCUGGGACAGAGUGGAUGCCGUUGAGGACAUGGGCCCAGGUCGCUAG